UGCACUGCACACAGUGUCCAUUACAUAGCCUAUGCAUCAUAUUUCGGGCCAGUGAAGGUAUAUAAGCUCGCGGGAGAGGCUGAGGGUUUUCACUGCAGUGACUGAGCAGAUUCAUCUGAGCGAAUCCACUCUCUACCUUUGGAGACAAACCUAAAUCAAAAAUGGCAUUCGCCGGAAUUCUGAAUGACGCUGACAUCACUGCAGCCCUUGCGGCUUGCCAAGCUGCCGACUCUUUCAAGCACAAGGACUUCUUUUCCAAGGUCGGUCUUACUGGCAAGAGCCCCGAUGACAUCAAGAAGGCCUUUGCCGUGAUUGACCAGGACAAGAGUGGCUUCAUUGAGGAGGAUGAGCUGAAGCUGUUCCUGCAGAACUUCUCUUCCUCUGCCAGAGCUCUGACCGAUGCUGAGACCAAGGCUUUCCUCAAGGCCGGUGACACUGAUGGUGACGGCAUGAUCGGAUGCGAUGAGUUUGCCGCCCUGGUCAAGGGAUAAAUGAAGCAACAGACCAACAUCUUACUUCACUACUCUAAAGGAACAACUUGAGCCAAGACUCCUCUCUUCUUCUCCUCUUCCCUUUCACUCUCUCUCUUCAACUCUACAUGGCUUUUAUACACUUGACCUUUUACCCCCCUGGCCUUAGACACACCGCUUCCCCCCUUUCUCUCUCUCUCUCUGGCAACGUUCACCCCUUUGCUGUCCACGAUGAAUGUACCUGACUAAGUGUAUAGCGUGGUUAACUUGUGUCUUUCUCUCUCUCACUCACUUCUGUCAUUGUUUUACUAUGUGAGUUUUGCUAACUGUGAGAUCAGUGAUGAUGCACUUUUAUGGGAAACGGACAGACGAUGAGCUAACAAUAAAGGUUCUUUUUCAAUAACA